AUGGCGGCAGAACAGCUGUACGGCAAACCUGCUGGCGCAGUUGCCAAUGCGCCGCCUCCCUCCACGUUAGCCGCCCAGCUCGUCGAAAACCUUCCUGCUUCGACAAAGUCCACACGAUCCGAUGAGAACACCGAGCUGAGAAGCUUGUCCGCCGUCAUCGAGCGGGUCAAGAACAACCCCGGUCUGCUGCGAACGCCCGACGAACGAACGGAGCACAAUCAUAUGCUCAUAUACGUCUAUUCCCGCGUCGUCCUAGACGGAAUCAAGCUCGAUGAUCCCUUCGCUGACAAGAAGGUUAUACGGAGCGAGGCAUUGAAGGCGAUUAACUUCUUGAAAGUCACAAUUGAGGAGACACCGAUUGUUAUGAACUAUACCACGGACGGAAAACAGUUCGUGUUCCGCGGGGAGGAGCCACUUUGGGUCUGGGUCUUUCCCAAGGUCCUGAAACUGCUUGGCCAUGCUCGCUGCCUUGACCUCACGGCUCCAAUCGAGGAGUUCUUUCGGUUCAUCAUCUUGGUGGUGAGUGGAGUUGGGUCAAUGGGAGCGCUGCUGUCGUCCAUGCUGCUCUACCUGCGAGAAACAAGCAAUGCUCUCCUGUCUCGCUUACAAGAGACGGCGCCUAUUGCCCCUGCACAGGAUGCGACUAUAGACAUGAGCCUUCCUCCUGCCGGUACACUCGAGCUGCUCCUGGGAAAACCUGGCAUACUCUUCGUACAACAGACUACAUACGCUGUCCCGCAUGCGUCACAAGCCGUGCGCCAAGCAGCAGCUCUAAUAUCAACACUCGCACACCCGUCCAUUGCUAGAUACUCGAGCCCUCUGUCUCGCGCGCCGUUUGUCGAGCUGAGGCUAUGGUUGCUCGAAUCGUUGCUUUCCCUACGUGCUGUGCAAAACACAUGGCAGCCCGUUGCCCCAAGCGCAAAGGCUGAUUUGCUCAACGUAUCCCUUGGCCUGCUUCCAGACGAGCUGCCUACAGGCAAGAAAGCUUUGCUCCCGCAGAAAGCGUACACUUCUCUGGCGUUAUUGUGUGCCGAGCUCGCAGCACGGCCGGAUGAGAUUGCAGGCCCAGAUGAAUCGAGUCAAGCUGCGAGGAGAACACUCUGUAAAGCACUUCUGAGACUCGCCCAAGUGUCGCUGGUAGACCGAGAGAUCGGAAGAUUGGCAGCACCUCAGGUUGUUUGGCCACUCGAGCUGCUCUGCAUCGAAGUACCUGUAUUAGGGGAACCAAGUGACUUCUCACGUUCUAUCAGUGUCCUUAAACAAGCAACAGCACCGACUGUACCCUCGAAAUUAGACGACGCAACCCUGCCAGCUUGCUUCACUGACUCCGAAUUACGAACUCUGGUCGAACGUCUUGGCAUCGCCGAAAGUGACACAGAAAGCGUCACAGUAGACGACGAGCCUGCAACCAAGCGGCGGAAAGUCCUGACUGAAGGCAAUGAGCUCGUAGAAUUGACAGCACGCAUUGACGAAGUUCUAGGGGUUGUGAACGAUCUAGGCAACCUGGAACACAAGUUUUUAAACGCCUAUCCACGUAUCAAUGUCAAGAGCCAAUGCCUAGCCAUUGAUUUGAUCUCUCGCAUUUGCUGCGCUGCGGACGCGAUCCCUCAGACGGGUAGCCCACUCGCAGGGAAGGACGGAAAGAUCAGUUGUGACGUAUGCGAUCGCAAAGAGGAAGGAGUGAACAGGCCCGAACCUGUUGACACAGAAACGAAGAGAGAGGCCCAAUCGAUAUUCACAAAACUCAUCAACCUCCCUUCCUUCAAGGACUCCAGGAGGCCAAGGGUAGUGGCGAUGAUCGCCCUCAGACGCGUCAUAAAUCAUGCAGAUGAAGCUGAGUUGUUUGAUCUCGAGACUUCUCCUUUGGGGCAGUGGUGUCUGCAAGGAUUGCAUAGCUCUAUCAGAGAAAUACGCAUCGCUUCAGGACGGGCUUUGGCUCUCUUCUUGAGGAAACCAGCCUCUAGCACGAUAGACAUCAGUGUCGUACACCGAAAUCGCAAGAACGCGCUUGGUCUUCUCAAAGCUGCAUCGGAAAAGGAUGCAGUCAUCUUUCACGAGACUGGGGUGAUGGCGUGGAGCCAGCUGGGACGAGUGGUCACCGGGGACGAACUAAACAUAGUACUACACCAGUUACUCGAAUAUCUCGGAAGCAGCAACAGUCUGAUAUCUUCCUGUGCCUUCAAUGAGAUCAACAACUUAGCUGCUGCCCGCCAUGUAGCACCACGCCGCUUGUUCGAGCCUUUCUGGAGAAAUCUCGCCUACUUCGCUGUAAAAGAUAUGGUGGCACGACCGCAAAUCAGCCGAUCGCUAGCCGAAAUCUUGCAAAUCUCUGUGAACGAGUUUCUUCUCCUCAUCCAAACUCAUGCUCUGCCAUGGCUGGUAUUGAUGAAGAAGAGGGAUGUGGUCCAAAAGAUUGCUGAGGCCCGUGGGGAAAAGGACGUUGGUUUCCCGGUGAUGGACUCUAUCAAUAUCGGUCCAGUCCUCGGAUUGCUUCUAGUGCAAGACGUGCCGGACGUGGCGCAAUUCACCAUGGCGAGGCUUGUCGAGUUUGCGCCAACUCUCGCUGAUACCACGCUGGCUGAUGUGAUACAGGCCGAACUUGUUAUGGUUGUCCUCGAGCUACUCAAAGCUGCGGCUGAAGCAGACGAGGCCCGCAAGGCCCGUGUUAUCGAUGCCAUUACCACAAUGUGCAACUUGGUUAUGGCCGCGAACAAGGAGAAGCCCAAAAAGGGCAAUCUCAUCGGGCGUUUCCUCCAGGCGUACAUGCUUGGCCUCAUGGCUCGCCUGGCGGACGUGAUCAAUGAUUUUCAUGGGCUAUGCCCGCCUCCCGAGGAACAAAUACGUUGCAUUCGAGCAUUGGAGGAAACGAUCAAGCUUUGUCAGUCUUACGUGCGCAUUGCUCGGCCACAUAUUGCUGCUUGUCUUCUGUCGGCUAUUGCUCAGGACGAGCUCAGAGAGGCGGCGUUUUCCUGCUGGGCUGUCCUUCUCACCUACCUUGAAGAAGAGGACGUUGAAGUCUUGUUGGAAACGACGUUCUUCAUUAUCAAUCAUUAUUGGCCCGUGUUUGACGACAACACACGCAUCAAGGCCAAACAUCUGAUUUCCACCAUUCUCAAGCACUUCAGCGCAGUAAUCGAGAUGUACAUCUGGAAGUUGCCAUCAUUGGCACAUAUUCCUGAACUGGCUGAACUGGAAGCUCAGCUCCAAAAAGUGCGCCGAGAUCAACCCAUCGAAAGCAGGACAGCAUUUGCCAUCUUUGCAGCCCGAGUGGCACACGAGAACUCGGGCGUUGUGCUUCAGGCUCUCAGAGAGCUUGUCGAAUACCUCAAACAGCACAGCGGUUCCCUACAGACGUCCGCGAUUGGUCAGCAGCCGGAUCCUGUGUUGUCGACGCUGCUCCGCGCCUUGCUCGAUUGCGCUUCAGAGUACAGCACCGUGCAGCCCGAAAUCGCUAGCCUGUGUACUCAAUGCAUCGGUCUGGUCGGGUGCCUUGACUCUAACAGAAUUGAGGCUGUCAGAGAGCAGAAGUCCAUGGUUUUGUUGAACAACUUUGAGAACGCAGACGAGACGACGGACUUUGUGCUCUUCAUCCUGGAGCAAAUCCUGGUCAAGGCCUUCCUUUCCACAACAGACACAAAGCUCCAAGGCUUCUUGUCUUUUGCCAUGCAAGAACUCCUGGACAAAGUGGAUAUCAAGGCAGCCUGUGCCUUCCGAAGCACUGGAAUGAGAGACGGCGAUCUGAUCUACAGAAAAUGGCUCACUCUACCCGAAGGCAUUCGGGAGACUCUGACCCCGUUUUUGACCUCCAAAUACGUCUUAACACCUGUCACGCCUGCGCCUGUUGAGUAUCCCAUUUUCCGUCCGGGAAAGCCGUAUGGGAAUUGGAUGCGUUCCUUCACCAUGGAUCUUUUACGUAGAGGACAGAAUUGGCACGCAGAUCUCAUUUUUGGGCCGCUGGCUCGUACUAUCCGGGUCAAGGAUGUCGCGGUAGCAGAGUUCCUGCUUCCAUACUUGGUCCUCCACGUCAUUAUUGGCAACAGAAGCACGCGGAAAGAUCGUGACAAUAUUAUCGGCGAGCUGGUUGGCAUCCUCCAGCACCAGCUUGCCGAAGAUGCUCCGUACGCGGAGAGGGAGGAUACGAAGCUUUACUGUGAGGCCGUCUUCCGAGUGCUUGAUUAUGCAAGCAGGUGGCUGCAGGAAAAGAAUGCUAGGCGCAAAAACGACAGCGAUCUUCCGUCCAUAGCAAGGGUGGAUGACCUGUUGAGCACAAUUCCGCCGGUCUUGAUUUCCCAGCGAGCUAUGGACUGCAGGGAAUAUCCAAGAGCCCUGUUCCACCUCGAGCAACACGCCCAACAAAUGGAGGUCGAGAAGAGCGACCCCCAGCAAAGAACGCUGCUCCUCGAGCAAUUGCAGGAUAUAUACACCCAGAUUGACGAGCCUGAUGGGCUAGAGGGGAUUUCGGCUCACCUCCACGUUCUCGAUAUAAACCAACAAAUCCUCAGUCACAAGAAGGCAGGCAGAUACACGGCGGCUCAGACAUGGUAUGAGAUCAAGUUGGCAGAAGAGCCCAACAACAUUGACGUACAGGUUGACCUACUGAACUGCCUGAAACAAUCUGGACAACAUGAUGUUCUGCUCAACUAUGUUGAAGGUAUGCAUACGGAACCGUCGAUGGAAAACAAAAUUGUUCCGUAUGCAGUCGAGGCAGCCUGGGCGACCCGCAGAUGGGACACUCUAUCCAAGUACACGAGCCGUUUUCAUGGCAGCACUUUGGAAGACUUUAACGUUAGCGUCGGCCAGAUCUUCAACACUCUGAAGCAAGAGGGCGCCGAGGGAGUCGCAAUCUCUCAAAUGUUGCAGAGUAUGAGAGAGAAGAUUGCCUCGGCGAUGACUUAUUCCGCGACAUCGUCCCUACAAGCCUGCCACGAUCUGAGGCUUCGAUGCCACGUACUGACCGAUCUGGAAAUCAUUGUUGGGAUGCAGGAAGGGAAUGAUGAUACUCGCCAAGACGUUUUGACAAUGCUGAACCGGCGAUUGGAAGUUCUAGGUGCAUAUGUCAAUGACAAACAAUACCUCUUGGGAAUUCGCAGAGCAGCCAUGGAGCUCUCACGGUAUAUUUCCCCGAUGCCUGUCAACGAGCCUCUUCUAACAACAAUCAGACCCAAGUUUUGCGACUCAGACAUCUCCUCGUCUUGGCUUUCCAGUGCGCGUCUGGCUAGAAAAGCGAAUUCCACACAUCAAUCAUUUAAUGCAGUUCUCCAUGCUUCUCAACUAAAAGACAAUGCCGCCGUCAUUGAGAAUGCCCGACUCCUUUGGAAAGACGGUCACACACGCAAGGCGAUUCAGGUUCUCCAGGGCGCCAUCGAAUCCAACAACUUCAUGACGCAAACAAAUAGCACGUCUUCCGUCCGGGGCCUUGACUCGCAGCAGAGACUUCUGACAGCCAGAGCACAGCUUAUGCUUGCCAAGUGGUUGGAUGCGGCAGGCCAAACGAACAACGCUGCUCUGCGCGUUAAGUAUCAACAGCCUCCCAAGACAAACUCAUCGUGGGAGAAGGGCCAUUACUACCUCGGACGUUACUACAAAAAGCUGCUGGAGACCGAGAAGCCUCUGAAACCUGAUGAGCAAAGUGACGCCUUUGUUCAAGGUGAAAUUGCCAGACUGGUGAUUGAGAACUAUCUUCGAUCACUCAACUAUGGCACCAAAUAUCUUUACCAGACCUUGCCGAGAAUUUUGACAUUAUGGCUCGAAUUGGGAGCACAAGUGGACAAGGCUCCCGAAGGCAAGGUCUCGUUGUCCCGCGAGCUCCAUAGGAGGCGGACGGAGCAGCUCAAUCUCCUUCAUGCCUUCCUCGACAAAUACAUCGCUCGCCUUCCGGCCUACAUAUUUUACACGGCUCUCCCGCAGAUCGUUGCGCGAAUUGCCCACCAGAAUCAAGCUGUGUUUGAACGCCUGACACGCAUUGUCACCAAAGUUGUGGAGUCACAUCCUCGACAAGCACUGUGGGGCUUGUUCGGGAUCAUGACCACGAGACAAGCUUCAGAGCGGAGAGUGCGAGGUCAACAUAUCUUGCAAGCGCUGAAGGGGAUCUCCAAGAAGGUUGAAGGAAGCAGCUAUGACCUCAAGCAGCUACUGAGAAUGGGCGAGAAACUCGCAGAGCAGCUUCUGCUGGCUUGCAACAAUGGUGACUUCCAGAGCAACAGGACGACGGUGGCAAGCAUCACGCGAGAUCUCAACUUCAACCAUAAAUGCACGCCCUGCCCCCUAGUGGUCCCCAUUGAGUCUUGUCUGACAGCUACGUUGCCGACAUUAACAGAUAAUGUCAAGAAGCACAAGGCAUUCUCUCAAGAUGUUAUCACCAUCGACUCCUUCCUAGAUGAGGUCCUGGUUCUAGGAUCGCUGGCUAAACCGAGGCGGCUAACGUGUCGCGGAACGGAUGGCAAGAACUACAUGCUCAUGAUCAAACCGAAGGACGACCUGCGAACAGACCAGCGUCUAAUGGAGUUCAACGGAAUGAUUAACCGGUCACUCAAACGUGACGCCGAGGCCAGCAGGCGUCAACUAUACAUCAAGACGUACGCCGUCGUGCCUCUCAACGAAGAGUGUGGCAUCAUCGAAUGGGUCGAUGGGCUCAAGACUCUCCGCGAGAUCCUUUUGGACCAGUACAAGUCUCGGUCCGUCCAUCCUGACUAUAACCAGAUCAAGAGGAUGAUGUCCGAGGCUGUGACGGGGCCGAAUAAUAUCAAGAUCUUCACGGAGGGCGUGCUGGGGACGUUCCCGCCAGUGCUGCAGUAUUGGUUCGUGCAGCGCUUCCCUCAUCCCUCGACAUGGUUCUCGGCUCGGCUGAAGUACACCCGCUCUUGCGCGGUCAUGUCGAUGGUCGGCACCAUCCUCGGUCUGGGCGACCGCCACGGCGAGAAUGUCCUGCUCGAGCGCGACAACGGCGGAAUCUUCCACGUCGACUUCAAUUGUCUGUUCGAUAAAGGACUGACGUUCGCACAACCGGAGAGGGUGCCUUUCCGUCUGACACACAACAUGGUUGCUGCCAUGGGCAUCUACGGAUACGAGGGACCCUUCCGUCACUGCAGCGAGUUGACGCUGGGUAUCCUGCGGCAACAGGAGGAGACGCUGAUGACGAUUCUCGAGGCGUUCAUCUAUGACCCCACCUUGGAUCUGCAAAAGGAGAAGAAAACAAGCCGCAGAUCGGAUGGCGCGCCGCGGAUGCAGCCGCAGCUCGUCGUCGACAGUAUCAAGCGGAAGGUGAGGGGCCUGAUGGGUCCGGAUCCUAUUCCGCUGGGAGUCGAGGGGCAAGUGGAGGAGUUGAUCAAGCAGGCGGUCGAUCCCAGGAACCUGGCGGCCAUGUACAUUGAGGUGUCGCCUAACAACCGCGCCGGAUGUCAGGAUGGCGUCUGCAAGAAGGAGGCCCAAAAGUGCAUGAAGGGCUCGCUGCGCUUCGGCACGUGGACUGAGAUCAUGGGCCAUGGCUCCUGGCGGUGGAAGCACUGGGGCUGUGUGUCUGGCGAGCAGAUCUCGCACCUUCGCGAUAUUGUCGAGAGGGGUGGCGGAUACGACUUUGACGCAGUUGACGGAUACGACGAGAUGGGCGAGCACUCCGACCUGCAGCAGAAGAUCCGUGACGCCAUUAAGCAAGGCCACAUCUCUGCCGAAGACUUCAACGGCGACCCUUGGAUGAACAAGCCCGGUCAACGCGGCAUCCGCGGCAAGAAGCCCAAGGACUGGGACGACGGCGAGGAGGGCGCUGAGGCCAAGGACGAAGCCCCUGCCCCCGCCGCCACCAACGGCAAGAAGCGCGGUCGCAAGUCCGCCGGCGCCGCCGAUGAGGACGAAGAGGAGAAGCCCAAGAAGCGUGCCAAGAAGGCUGCUGCCAAGGCCGAGCCCGAGGACGAGGAGGAGAAGCCCAAGAAAGCCCCGGCGAAGCGUGGAAAGGCCGCUGCUGCUGCCAAAGCCGCUGCCGCCGAAGAGGACGAGGAAGAGGAGAAGCCCAAGAAAGCUCCGGCCAAGCGCGGCGCCCGGAAGUCUGCCGUGAAGGAGGAGUCCGACGAGGAGGAGGCUCCGAAGAAGCCUGCGGCCAAGCGUGGAGCUCGAAAGUCCGCCGUGAAGGAGGAGUCGGAGGAAGAAGAGGAGAAGCCUGCCCCCAAGCGCGGCGUCGCUGCGAAGAAGGCUGCUCCCAAGAGGGCGGCUACGAAGAAGGCCAAGGUUGAGGAGUCGGAGGAGGAGUCUGAGGCCGAACCCGAGGCUACCCCUGAGUCGGAGGAGGAGGAGGAGAAGCCUGCGCCGAAGAAGGCCGCUCCCAAGGGCCGCAAGAAGGCUGCUGCUGCACCUGCUGCUGCCGCCGAGGACAAGCCCAAGCGCGGUCGUGCUCGCAAGUGA